UGGAGACUGUGCUCGUUGCUUCGACUGUUGUGGUGGAGGAGAAGAACAUUAAUGUUUGGGUGGAACAUGCCAGGUGGUGGUACCAAAAAUCCUUUAACAGUUGGGUCUUGUAUGUGUUGGCAUCGUUUAAAAGUUUGGUUGUGACCAUGAUAAGAUUAGUUUUGAAGUGGUCUCAUCUGAAAUUUAUAAACUCUUCUAAUAUUGGUCAGCAUGAAAAGAUCUCCUGCCCUGAAGACACUGGUUGCAGUGGGAUUUACUCUGGGUGACGUGUUGUUGAUAGCUGACCUUCUGAAAGACAAUGGAAAUCAAAUCUCUGCCGACAAAAAGAUGUGGAAGAGCAGAAGACACCAAAAUCAAGCUGUCUAUAUAACUGUCCCGGGAGGUGAUUCUGAGAAAGGUGUUACAAGAUUUCAAGAGCUAUUGACAACAUUGAAGGACCAAAAAACAUGUUGCAACUACAUAUUUGUAAGGAUAAAGAAGUUGUCGUUAUCUUCCUGCCUUGUGGUCAUCUCAUUUCUUCCUGUACAGACUGUGCUGCAGCGAUGAAGGACUAUCCAGUAUAUAGAAAUCAUGUCGAGGGAAAAGUUAGAUCC